AUGUCUCUCCAAAAAUGGUUCCCAUGGACCAAAAGUCCCCUCAUCAUCAACGCCCCAAUGGGCAGCUACGCAAAAUCCUCCCUCGCAAUCGCCGUAACAAAAGCCGGCGGCCUCGGCCAAAUCGGCGCAACAGACGACAUGCGCGACCUCUCACUCGAACUCUCCAAAGUCGAAAAAGCACUAAUCCGGACCUCCAACGAUGAUCUCUUACCAAUUGGCGUAGGACUCCUCACCUUCGUCACAAAGAAAGAAACUGCUUUGUCUGUAUUGAGGAAAUAUAGACCAGCUGUCGUGUGGCUCUUCGCUAGUCAUGAGUUAUCAGAUUAUGCGGAGUGGAUUAGGGCAAUAAGGGAAGUGUUGCCGAAAUCGAAGAUUUUUGUGCAAGUGAGUUCUGUAGCGGCGAGUUUAGAGGUUGUGAGAGAGGAGGAGGGGAGGCCGGAUGUGUUGUGUAUUCAGGGCAUUGAUGCCGGUGGACAUGGUUGGGAGAGAGGGGCGAGUAUUGUUUCGUUGCUUCCAGAAGUAAUCGACAACUUGACAAAAAACGGUUACGAUAUACCUGUAGUUGCGGCCGGCGGGAUUGCAGAUGGAAGAGGUGCUGCGGCGGCGUUUACGCUUGGUGCGCAGGGUGUGGUGUUGGGUACGAGAUUUCUUUCUGCGCCGGAGACGCAUAUGCAUCCGGAGUAUCGUGCUGCUGUUCUGGCUGCUAUGGAUGGAGGGCAGAGUACUGUGCGGAGUAAAGUGUUUGAUGAGUUGCGAGGGCCGAAUAAGUGGCCUGUGUUGUAUGAUGGGAGGAGUAUCAGGAAUGCGAGCUUUAUUGAGCAUAAUGAAGGGGUUGGGAUCGAGGAGAUACGCAAACGCCAUACGGAGGCGAUGCGCAGCGACACCGCAGGCUACUCUAGCGAGCUUAAAGCUGGCAGAGCGGCGACUUGGGCAGGCACAGGGGUCGGGCUUGUCAAGGUGGAACAACCUGCUGCAGAAAUUGUGGAGGACGUAAGAGCUGGCAUCGUCGCAGCAAUUGACGCAGCCAAAGCAAGGCUCUGA